AUGACAAGAUCCUCUUCCUCCGAUACUUCGGAGAAAUACGCGGGCUCGCCAGACUACCCAGUCUUCCCGAAUCCCAUAUUCCUCUCCAAAUUCGCGUUAGUUAGUUCCGACAAAUCCGGCAGAACGAAUCUCGACACGGACCUCUACAACAGCUGUAUCCUCCCUUACAACCCACUUUCCUACCCAAACAACCAGAAACUAAAAAGUCGAGAAACAAUAACCAUCACAAACGAUGAUAACAACAAAGAAGUCCCUGUUCCGAAGGAUACGAAUCCUAAAUCUCCACGUCCUACAUAUCAACUCGAUAGGCCUCCUUGCAAACGCGCCGCGGCAAUAAACGCAAAUUGCUAUUUUCAAAAUACAAAUGGAACCUUUUCGGGGUUACAACCAUAUGACAGUGAUUUUGAGGUGCAGCAGAAGUGCUUUUGUGAGAUUUAUCCGUACUUUGAUUCGAUAUUUGGAUGUAACGAGUGUUUUCGGUUACAUGGUGGGAUUGAAGGAUAUCAUUACUUCCCCCAAAGUUACAUGGAAGCAGUAUCAAGCACAUACUGUAACGCAAACCCAAUCACGACAGCAUUCUACCCCUUCGUAUCAUCAUGGUCGAAAACGAACGAGUUAGCAAAGGUUCCGACGACAACAGCGCCAAAUGUUUUGGGCACGCAGACAGAACAGAGUCUUUAUUGGACAUAUGCCGCUGCGAUGACCGGCUCUUCGAAUCCUAGUUCGGGAUGGAAGCCGAAACAGCUCACUUGGAUGUCGGCUUUAGCGACAGUAGCGCUUACGGUGGUAACAUCUAGUUCAAUAUGA